AUGCAGCUUCUUAAUCAGGGCCCCCUUAUACAAGCAGCAGGGGCCCCCUUAGCAGCAACAGGGGCCCCCUUAGCAGCAGCAGGGGCCCCCUUAACAGCAGCAGGGGCCCCUCUUCCAUCAGUAGCAGGCCCUCUUCCAGCAGCUGGGGCCUCCCUUCCACCAGCUGGGGGCCCCCUACCAGCUGCAGGGGCCCCCUUACCAACAGCAGGGUCCCCUCUACCACCAGCCGGGGGGCCCCUGGCUGCUGUAGCUGGCCCUCUGUCUGCAGUAGGGUCCCAGAUCACUGCAGCAGGGGCCCCCAUAUCUAGUGGGGCCCCCACUAUCACUGCAACAGGCCCUGCAUUGGGUACUGGGGGCCCCUCACUCUCAGCAGCAGAUGCUGCUAUGGGUGUGCCUGCUGCAGCAAUGCAAGUCCUCUCCCUCCCUCCUGCUCCUCUACAGGGGGCCCUUACGGGGGCCCUAGGAGGGGCCCCCCCGGGGACCCUCUCAAGGGGUUCCUCUGGGGCCCUAUCGGUGGGCCCCCAAGGGUCCCUCUCGAGGGCCUCCUCCGGGGCCCUUACGGGGGUAUCCCAAGGGGGCCUCACGGGGGCCCCCCAAGGGGUAGGGGGUUUACCUGUGGCACCUUUAUCUGUCUCUCCUUCUCCUGCUUCCCUUGGGGGGGCCCCCCAGGGGCCCCUACAGCGAUCUGGCUCUUUAAUGGGUACUGUACCCUCCUUAGCGAUGUCUUUAUCUCCUGCUCAAUCCUUCGAUAUGGGUAGUCUUGUGGGGGGCCCCCGAGGGGCCCUCCAACCCCAGCAAGCAGCAGGGGUACAACCAUCUGCUGCUCUGCAGCUGCAGCAACUGCAGCAGCUGCAACAGCUGCAGCAGCUGCAGCAGCUGCAGCCCCAAGGGGGGGCCCCCUGUGUUGCAUUGAACCCUCCUGCUUCCUCUACCCAGAUAACGGGGCAACCAGCAGCAGCAGGACCUGCAGCAGCAGCAGCAGGAGCAGCAGCACCUGGAUUGGGGGGCCCCACGGGCAUGCAGACCCUUCCCUCUGUUUCUGUCACUACCUCUCCUGCUGCUGCUGUUCUAUCGCCUAUGCUGCCAUUAGCUGCUGCUGAUGGUACAGGGGGCCCCCAAGGAGGGCCCCUAAGUGGGUUGGGGGCCCCCUCCGUGACUGCCACCCCCAUGCAGGGAAGUCUCGGGCAGCUGCUGCCUGAGUCUGCUGCAGCGCAUGCAGGCGCACCCCCUCUGCUGCCUCCCCUAGGGCAGAUGCUGCUUGGGGGAACUCAGCAGCAGCAACAGCAACGGCAGCAGCAGCAGCAACAGCAAGCUGCUGCUGCUGCUGCUGCACUGGGAAACAUUAACGCAGCAGUUGCUGCAGCAGGGCCCCCAAACCCCUCUCUUGCCUUCUCUAGCAACAGCAGCAUAAACAGCACCAGUGAGCAGCAGCAGCAGCAACAGCAGCAGCAGCAACAGCAGCAGCAGCAGCGGCAGCUGCUGUCAUCGGGUUCAGGCAGUAUAGAGGGGCUACUCAAGGGGGCCCCCAAGAGGCAGCUAAGUGUGGGGCCCCUCCCUCAGCUGUAUGUACCCCCUAAUCCCUUUGCUAGGCUGCCCGUAGGAAGAAACAGCAUCAGCAGCAACAGCAGCAGCAGCAGCUACACAUCUCCUGCUGCUAGUACUCUCCCUGGGGCAGCUCCGCCUGUUCCUCUGACCCUCAUGCCCUCGCUGCAGCAGCAGCAGCAGCAACAGCAGCAACAGUUGCAGGCUGGUCUGCUGCAGCAACAGGUGCAGCAACUGCAGCAACAGCAUCAGCAGCAACUGAAGCAACAGCAGCUGCAGCAGCAGCAACAACAGUUGCAGCAGCAUCUGCAGCAGCAGCAGCAGCUGCUGCAGGAGCAGCAGAAGGAAACCUCCCCCAGCAGCAGCAGCUUGCCGCCGUCGCAGGAGCUGCUGCAGGAGCAGCAGCUGCUGAAGCAGCAACUGCAGCAGCAGCAGCAGCAAAUUAAACAAUUAGCAGAGAGACUGCAUGCAGGGGAGACAGGGAGACUCUCUGCUGCUUCUUCCUUUGAAUCCAAUGCUACAAAUAAGCAGCAGCAGCAGCAGCAGCAACUGCAGCAGCAGCAGCAACCGCAGCAGCCGCAUCCGGAAGAGCCGCAGAAGAAGCAGCAGGAGAAUCAGCAACAGGAGCAGCAGCAACCGGAGCAACAGCAGCAGCCGCAACAGCAACAGGAGCAACAGAAGGCGCAGCAACCACCGGAACAGCAGCAACAGCAGCAACAGCAGCAAUUGCAGCAACAGCAGCAGGAGCAGCAAGCGGAGCCCCCAUUGGCGCUGCAGCAGCCCGAGCAGCAACAAAAGGAGCAGCAGCAGCAGCAGCAGCAUGUACCAGAGCAACAGCCACUAAUGCAGCAGCAGCAGCAGCAGCCACCAAUGCAGCAGCCACCAAUGCAGCAGCCGCUGCAGCAGCCACUGCAACAGCAGCAAGAAGCCCAACAGCCCGAGGCGCAGCCACUCACUGAGCCCUGGCAGCAGCAAGAGCAGCACAAGCAGCACACCACGGAGGAACAGCAACAGCAGCAGCAACAGCAGCAGCAGCAACAGCAGCAGCGUCGUCGGGCCUUUGAAGAUCUGUGGGACACCUCAGAGCAGCAGCAGCAGCAGCAGCAGCAGCAGCAGCAGCAGCCUUUUCCUCCCACGUUUGAAAUUCAGCAGCAGCAGCCGCAGAAGCCGCCGCAGCAGCAGCAGGCGCAGCAGCCGCAGCAACAGCAGCUGGCAGAGGAGCCUAGACCCUUUUUGUGGCCAGAUGCAAACGAGCAGCAGCAGCAGCAGCAGCAGCAGCAGCCACAGCCGCAUCCAGCGCAGCAGCAGCCUCAAGACAUGCAGCAAACAACAGAGGAGUUACAGCAGCAAAAGCAGCCGUCGCCAGUGCUGCAGCAGCUGCAGCUGCAGCAACAACCCGAGCAAGAACGGCAACAGCAGCAGCAGCAGCAGCGGCAGCAGCAGUUGCAGCAGCAGGAUGACGACUUCCAUAAGCUGCUGCUGAAGCAGGCGCAGCAAAUACAGCAGCAAGUGCAGCAGCACGACGCAGAAGUACAAGAGCAGCAGCAGCAGCAGCAGCAACAGCAAGAGCAGCAGCAGCUGCAGCAGCAGGAGCAGGAAAUGCCGGUGCCACAGUUCCUUCAGCAGCAGCCGGAGGUGCAGCAGCAGCCGCAGCAACAGGAGCCGCAGCAACUGGAGCAGCCGCAGCAGCAGCAGCAGGAGCAGCAGCCUGCGCCGUCACCUUUUUCUCCUUGUGUCUCCGAUGUGGGGAUAGACGAGCCCACGGCACCGGUGUCUCCUUGGAAGGAAGAUCCAGCUUGGCUCUUUGAGGAUUCAGAUGGGGGGCAGAUGCCGCCUCCUGCAGCAGCAGCAGCAGCAGCAGCAGCAGCAGCAGCAGCAGCAGCAGCAGGUGCAGCAGCAGCAGAUGCAACAGCUCCUCCUGUUCCUUUUAAUGCCUCAGAGGAAGUGUCUUCUGCAGCACCGUCUCCUUAUAUUGCUGCUGCACCUGACCAGCAGCAGCCGCAGCAGCAGCAGCCACAGCAGCAGCCGCAGCAGCAGCAGCCGCAGCAGCCGCAGCCGCAGCAGCAGCAGCCUCCUCCCUUCCCUUCGUUCUUUAUGGAUCAGCAACAGCAACCGGCACAGCAGCUUCAAGAGCAGCAGCAAACACAAAAUGAGCUGCAGCAGCCGCAGCAGCAGCAGCACGAGCAGCAGCAGCAGCAAAUGCCGCACCAGUUGCAGCCGCAGCAGCAGCCAGCGUGGGGGAUGUUGACAGACAGAUCCCCUGCAGAAGCAGAACCAGCACCUGCAGCAGCAGCACCUCCAGAAGCAGCAGCACCUGCUGCUGCUGCUGCUGCUGCUGCUGCUGCUGCUGCUGCUGCUGCUGCUGCUGCACCUCCUGCUACAGACCCCUUCUUUGCCGCAGCCUCCUUACCUCAAAUCCCUCCAGCUGCAGCAGCUGCAGGAGCAGCAGCAGCAGCAACACCAGCAGCAGUAUCACCACUAGCAGCAGCAGUAUCACCAGCAGCAGCAGCAGUAUCACCAGCAGCAGCAGCAGUAUCUCCAGCAGCAGCAGCAGUAUCACCAGCAGCAGCAGCAGCGUCACCAGCAGCUACAGCAACAGUACCAUUUCCCCUGCUGCAGCAGCAAGAGCUGAGCACGCCUAGCACAGGUGCAGCAGCAGCAGCAGCAACAGGAGAAGCUCCUGCAGCAGGAGAACAUGAUAAGGUCUACAUACACCAUAGUGUGUCUCCUGCAGCAGCAGCAGCAGCAACAGCAGCAGCAGCAGCAGCAGCACAUGGUGUGGGGCCACAGGGGCUUCCUUUUGCCAUCAGCAGCAGCGGAUUGUUUGCUGUUGCUAGGGGGACCUCCGUUAGCUGCUGCAGCACAAUGCAGCUGGUUGCUGCUGCAGAGAGCUCCCCUGCUGUUGCUCCUGCAGCAGCAGCAGCUGCUGCUGCUGCUGCAGGUCCUGCUGCAACACCUGCUGCGGUGCUGUGCCAGCUGCUGCUGGAGUACCCGGGGCCCCUAGGGGCCUCGGACCCUCGCACUACUGCAGCACUUGUCUCCUUUCUUAAGAAGGCUGUUCGCGUGCGCAUGCAGCAGCAGCAGCAACAGCAACAGCAGCAACAGCAGCGGGAGGUGUGUGCUGUACAGGCAGCGGGUCUGUGGCAGCUGUUGUUGCUGCUGCUGCAGCACAACGGAGACAUGUCUGCUGCAGCACAUCGUCUCUUUCCUAAGAAUGAGCUUCCUGCUGCAGCAGAAGCUCUUGAGGCCCAGCAGCAGCAGCAGCAACAGCAGCAGCAGCUUAGCAGCAGCAGCUGCUCCUGUGGGGGUCUAGGGGCUGUGGGGCGACAGCUGUGCUGCGGUGAUGCAGCAGGUGCAGCAAAAACUGCUGCUGCUUUGGGGCUGCAUGCGCAUGCAUUAGCAGUAGCAAAUGCAGCAGGAGCAGCAGCAAUAGACGAGGCUGUUGCUGCUCUAGCUGACACUCUUCGUCCUCCUUCUGCUGCAGCAGCAGCACCACCACCAGCAGCAACAGAAGCAGCAGCAGCAGCAGCAGCAGCAGCAGAGUGCUGUAGAGGAGGCGCAUGCAGUGUAUGGAUAGCAGCCCUUGAGUCUCUCUAUCGUGCACAAAGCAGAUCUAUCAAUAACCAGCCCCAUCCAGCAAAUUGCUGCAGCACGCUAGGCCUCAAUCACCCAGCAACGCAGCAGCAGCUGCUGCAGUUGGGGCUUGCAUUGCAUGCACUGCAGCAGCAAGACCCUGCAGCAGCAGCAAGAGCAGCACCUUGUGGGGCUAUGCAUGCAGCACAAAUUCUGCUGCUGCUAGCAGGAGAGACACCUAAAGAAGAUGCAGCAGAUCAUAUCAAGCUUCUAGUUCGUUUUGCUUCUCUUCUAGCGGAGUUCGGUCUCCUUAAACAGGCGGAGAGGUAUUGUGAAUUUGCUGCUGCUUCCCUGAGGGCGCAGCCGCAGGUAAAAGUGCCGCAGCAGCUACGUGAGUUGCUGCGUCAGCAGCUGCAGCAAGUGCAGCAGCAGCAGCAGAACUCCUUGCUGCGACAACAAGACAGCAUCCUUACCCAAUUACGACGGGAACGUAUCCAGCAGCAGCAGCAACAGCAGCAGCAGCAGCAGCAGCAAGAGUCUGUUAGUGGUGGUACAAGAGGGACAGGUCUAAGCACGAGCAGCAGCCGCAGCAGCAGCUCACCUACAGGCACCUCUCCAACGCCCUUCAACAGCAGCAACAGCAGCAGCAGCAGCAGCAGCAGCAGCAGCAGCUGGCUAGGGGGUAUGUUUGUAGGCCUAAAGAAAGCUGUCUUAGGGGGAGAAGAAAAAGAAAUUGGCGUCGCUAAUACUUUCUAUUAUAAUACAGAAAAAAAAAGAUGGGAAGAAAGAGGAAAGGAGUCAGAGGCUGACCUAGCGGAGGAGCAGCAGCAGCAGCAACAGCAGCAGCAAGCUCCUCCCCCGCCACCAGCAGCACCUCCUGCUGCAUGCACUGCAGCAGCAACAAGGGAAGCAGGCCUAGACAGGAGACGAAUGUAUGUAAACCCUUUUGGGGGCCCCCAGGGGGGCCCCCCUGCAGCAACUCCCUUGGGGCCUCCUGCCGCAACUCCCUUGGGGCCCACCUUAGAGGGUACUGCUGCUAAACCCUCGCCGCUGCCCAAUGGAUGGGGAGCUGCGCAUCGCUCAAAUGGUCCAUCUACAAACCCUAUCUCCUCUCCCUUCGGAACUCCUCCUCCUGCUGCUGCAGGAAGCAAUCAGCAGCAGCAGCAGCAGCAGCAGCAGCCGCUGCAGCAACCACUGCAGCAACCACUGCAGCAGCCACUGCAGCAGCCGCUGCAGCAGCAGCAGCAACCUGGGCUUGUUGCUGCUCCCUUAGCCCCUCCCCCUUUCCCUUCUUUCCUUCGUUAA